CCACAACACCCCGACCCGACCGAGAGUGUCCCCCUCUCUCGCGUGGCUUCCCCCUUCAUUUCGUGUCUCGUGUCUCGUCUCCUCUUUGCAUUCCAUUGCAUCGUCUGUAUUGCUUCGCUUAUCGUCUCCUGCCCCCUUUCCCCUCUCUUUUGCCUCCCUACCGUGCCACAGCCACAGAAAGCUCCACACCGACACCACGCACUGCUACUACUUCUACUACUUCUACGACAACACCAACAACAACAGGCGCUCAGUGAGAGCCCUCAUGCUUUCCUGCUGCUACACCCCUUCGCGAGCCCCCUCCUCGCAGCCCUAUCACAACCCCUACCCUUACUAGAGAUUAGAAGGUCUUGUUGUUGUUUGUUUUGUCCUUCUUCUUCUUCUUCUUCUCCCCCCUCCUCUCCGGUCUCGUCUGUUCUACUAUAUUUGCGAUGGAAUGGGUAGCCUGCGCUGACCAAGGUUUCUAGGGCUUUUCUCCAGGGUUUUCCUGGAGAGCACCCCCCCCCCCCCCCAAGAUUCAACCUGUUCGAUUUAGCUCUAAAGGGUUUCUGUUCUCUACUAUGGGUACCGCCACGGUGGCGGCCAAUGUAUCGCCCCGCCGCUCGCCUCAGUCGUCGCUCCGAGCUUCCCCCUCUCGCAGCACCUCGCCAUCACUUGAGGCUGAUGCAGAUGUGGAUCCGGUGCACAUGACUUUUGACGAGCUCGAAAUGCAGCGCAGCCGUCAUUUUGUCCAAGCUUUGAAAGAGCUGAAGAACCUUCGUCCGCAACUCUAUUCAGCCGCUGAGUAUUGUGAAUCUUCUUAUCUUUACAGUGACCAGAAGCAAGUGGUGCUGGACAACCUGAAGGAUUAUUCGGUGAAAGCAUUGGUCAAUGCAGUGGACCAUUUGGGAACAGUUGCGUAUAAGCUUAAUGACCUUCUUGGACAGCAGACAACUGAAAUUUCCGCAACUGAACUCCGAGCUGCUUCGGUGGCUCAGCGAAUGCGCUCAUGUCAAGAGCAUUCAGAUCGGGAAGGGCUGAAGCAGCAAUCAUUAGCAAAAACAAUGCACGCUAACCACAAGCAUUAUGUCUUACCCGAUCCAUGUGCGGAAGGAGAGCUCAACCUUUCUUUAGUGCGGGAGAAUUUUGAUUCUGUGCAUUCCCACAUGUCACCAUUGAAAUCAGAAUCACAUCCUCUUCCCACUCCACAAAUGCAACCACAACCGCUGGCGAAGGAUUAUCCGACCGAUUUUGCCAGUUCAAGUGGAUCUAAGUCCUUGGCAUGGCAUUUUACGUCUGAAACCGCACCGACUUCCACAAGUGAAGGUAGUACCAGUAGCAAGCGUUCUAUCAGUACUGGACGGCGAACUCCCCCACCGACAGCUUCUGGUAGGAGGGUGUUGGAAGCUUCUUUGUCGAAAGGUUCUUUUCUCACUCCCCCUCUGUAUAACGGUGACUCAAUGCCUAGGACAUCGGAAGCAGGUUUAUCCACUUCUAAGUAUCCUGAGUCGAUUAAACUCAGCACCCAAAGAUCCGGAUCCUUCACACCUGCAAAAACAGCUCCUACGCGGGGCGCUGGCUUUUCGCGCUCAUCCACUAUGAUUCCAACGCACGCAGUUGAGAAUGGUGCAAAUGAUUCAAAGAGUACGCAAGCACGGAGCAAGAGCUUACUGCGCUCUUUAUUGGGUCGGAAGAGUACCAAGACUACGGGCUCUAAACCUGCGUGACUUUCUAAUAGCUAAAACCAGGCAUCACAGCAUUACUAUGAUGUUCUCGAGAUUCAUGAAUCAAGGUUUCGACAACUGACCAAGCGCAUGAUGAUUCCUCCUGAAGGUUGUCAUGUCCAACCGUGCUUGCCUUGUAGAAAGGCGUAGGCGCUAUGUGGGAUCAAGAUGCUCGCCUUGUUUUAGGCAGAGCACCUCGGGAUCGAGUGGUUCGUUGUAGGAAUGAGCUUGGCUAUCACGAUACCACCAGUAAGUCGCGCUGGAAUGUGACGCCUGGGUUUUACGAAGUAAAAUUAUGCUGACAGUAUCGAA